AUGGUUGAGGGUAUUGGCUAUCCUGCUUUUGGUGAUGGUCAGAAUAAGCAUGCCGCUAAAAAGGUCCCAAGGUCUCCAAAGUAUUAUGCCAUGCCUGUCUCGUCCAUCCGUGAAUGCCCUCCCUCUUUCGUUGGAGUGGAGCAUGCCGUCGAGCCGUUGGUAAAACUAGGGCAUCUCAGCUGCCCAGCCUUCCACGUCGCAGCCCCUCAGUCCCGGCCUAUGGACUUUCUCCCAGAUCGCGCAGGCCAGGAUUCAGAGGGGCCACAUCCCGGCCCUGGUGCAGAGCCUCGGCCAUACAAAGUUUGUGCGGCAAGGUGGCGAUACUGGAGACUUUAUGGACCGUCACAGGUCGAUCAAAUACCCUAA